AUGGUUUACCUCAACGGCCCAUAUAUGACCGGACCAGACCGAGCACAAAGACCCAUCUCCCCAGCGGGCCGAGCAGAGACCCAGCCGAGACCGAGAUUCGAGAGCGGAAGCUGGACAUCACCACUGUUUACGAGCUUUUACUGCACCAUGACGAUGAUACGGGAGGUGGAGGCGGGCGUGAACUUCCUGAAGCGGCUGGUUGUGGCUCGAGGAAAACUGGAAGAAGCAAAAGCAGAAAAGUUUGCAGAGAAACUUCAACAGCUUUUGUGCGACAAAUAUGACCAUCACUGGUACCCAGAGACUCCCAGCAAAGGACAGGCAUUCAGGUGCAUCCGAGUGAACAGCGGCGUUCUGUCGGACGAGGCCGUGCUGCAGGCGUGUGCACAGAGUGAGCUGGAGCCCUCUGAGCUGGGGCUGCCUCGCGAGCUCACCCUGUGGAUCGACCCUCUGGAGGUGUGCGCACGAUCUGGAGAAAAUAGCCGGCCUUUUACCGUUGCCACCUUCUCCACAGAAGUGGAUCAAAGGGCGGAGCAGACUGCACAAAGCCCACCGCCACAGGACUGUCUGCCCCAUGAGCCUCUGACCCUGGACACCUCAGACUACCACUCGGCCUCGUCCUCCUGUAGCUCCACCACCUCCAGCGACACAGAAGAGGAGAGCAAAGAGCCUGAGGAGCCUUCCUUGACCAGGAAGGAAGUCAAGGAUGUGCGAAAAGAGCCGGCGGAAGUAGAGGUGGCAUACACCAUGGUGCCCAGAGCCCGCAGAUGCCACACAGACCGACAGAAGAAAGUCAAUUACCUCAACAAUAUGGCCCCUCACAGCGUGCAGUACUACUACCAGCCUCCGCAGGUCUGGUCUCCGUACAAGAAGGCUCCAGUGUUCGUGACCACAGUGUGCGCGCCUCCUCCCCCUCCACCUCAACCUCUAGUUGGGUACUACCUCCUGCCCCAGGCUGCCCCACAGUUCAUCCUUCCCCAGGCCGCGCUGCAGCCGUGGGGCGCCGUGAAGGGCUGA